GUGAACUCUUGCUAAAAAGAGAGAGCGCCACAGCCUUCCCUCGCUUGUUGUAAGAUUACCGGAGCAGUUAGAGCCCUUCGAUUCGAAAUGCUUCUUCCUUCUCCCAGACCCUUCCACAGACACUACUCCUGUAAACUUCUCAUGGGCUCCAACUACUUCCUUAAACCCACAUCUUUCACUAUUCCAAAACCCUCCCUUUCACGGACCAAACUCUUCCACGCCUACAGAUUGCUCUUUUCGGCUUCCCCUUCAGAACACAUCUCCAGCGCUCGCCCUUUCUGCAUAACAGCUUCUGGGCUUUCUUAUUUCUCCCAUGCCCAUUCUACCGGAAACGUUUGUAUGGAGAAACCAGAGCCGCAGAUGUUUGUUUCACCUAGAUUGGAGGUGUUGAAGUUGAAAAUGUUGGAGCUUGGCUUUCAUACAGACAAUUGUGCACCUGGGCAGCAAUAUGGCUUGCUUUGCCCCAUGUGCAAAGGGGGUGAUUCAGGAGAGAAGAGCUUGUCUUUAAAUAUAACACCAGAUGGAAAUUGCGCUUCAUGGCUUUGUUUUCGAGGAAAAUGUGGGUGGAAAGGCUCUAUGCUGGCCUUUGCAGGUUCCAAGUCAUCAUAUGGAAGGAUGAACCUAAUAACCAAAGCCAAGCACCCUAGAAAAAUCACUCUGGAGAGUUUGGAAUUAGAACCAUUAUGUAAUGAGCUACUUGCAUAUUUUGCAGAACGGAGUAUAUCAGGGGAAACAUUGCGAAGAAAUUCUGUUAUGCAAAAAAGAGUACAUGAUGAGAUUGCAAUUGCAUUUACUUAUCAACGAGAUGGGGUCCUGGUGAAUUGCAAGUACCGGGAUGUCAACAAGAAGUUUUGGCAGGAAAAGGAUACUCAAAAAAUAUUUUAUGGACUAGAUGAUAUAAAGGAAGCAAGUGAAAUUAUCAUUGUUGAGGGUGAAAUGGAUAAACUGGCAAUGGAAGAAGCUGGCUUUCGCAAUUGUGUGAGUGUCCCAGACGGUGCGCCUCAGUCAGUAUCUGACAGUGCAUUGCCACCUGAAGGGAAGGAUACGAAGUAUCGUUAUCUGUGGAACUGCAGGGAGUACCUAAAGAAGGCAUCUCGUAUUAUACUUGCCACAGAUGGGGAUCCGCCUGGUCAAGCCUUAGCUGAAGAACUUGCUCGCCGCCUUGGGAGAGAAAAAUGUUGGCGGGUCAGAUGGCCGAAAAAAAAUGAUGCUGGGUAUUACAAAGAUGCAAAUGAGGUGCUCAUGUAUUUAGGACCUGAUGGACUUAAGACAGUAAUUGAGAAUGCCGAGUUAUAUCCCAUACGCGGGUUGUUCAACUUUAGAGAUUUCUUUGACGAGAUUGAUGCAUAUUAUCAUAAAACUCAAGGUUUUGAGCUUGGUGUCCCAACUGGUUGGAGAUCUCUGAAUGAUUUGUACAACGUUGUGCCAGGAGAGUUAACAGUCAUAACUGGGGUUCCCAAUUCUGGGAAGAGCGAGUGGAUUGAUGCCCUAUUAUGCAAUAUUAAUGAAAGUGUGGGGUGGAAGUUCGUACUUUGCUCUAUGGAGAACAAGGUUCGGGAUCAUGCAAGGAAACUUUUGGAGAAGCAUGUAAAGAAGCCGUUCUUUGACACAAGGUAUGGAGAAUCCAUUGAGCGAAUGAGCAUUGAAGAAUUAGAAGAAGGAAAACAAUGGUUGAGCAAUACAUUUUAUCUCAUACGGUGUGAGAAUGAUUGUCUUCCAAAUAUAAAAUGGGUCCUCGAUCUUGCAAGAUCUGCGGUUCUAAGGCAUGGAGUACGUGGUCUUGUGAUUGAUCCAUACAAUGAACUGGAUCAUCAGCGUCCUUCAAACCAGUCUGAGACAGAGUAUGUGAGUCAGAUGCUAACUUUGGUCAAACGAUUUGCUCAACAUCACAGUUGUCAUGUUUGGUUUGUUGCCCAUCCUAGACAGUUGCAACAGUGGAUUGGAGGUCCACCUAAUCUUUAUGAUAUAAGUGGAAGUGCACACUUCAUAAACAAAUGUGACAACGGGAUCGUUAUUCAUCGUAAUCGGAAUCCUGCUACCGGGCCUUUGGAUCAAGUGCUGGUCUGUGUACGAAAAGUCCGGAAUAAGGUCAUAGGAACCAUUGGUGACGCCAUCUUGUCAUAUAAUAGGGUAACCGGUCAAUUUAUGGACAUUGGGGAAGUUUCACAAGGAAAAUAAGCCUGGCUAAACCCGGGUUAUUUAUCGGAAAUGGUCUUGUAACAAGAGUGUGAUUCACUGAUAUUUGGUGGCCUGAGGUGGGGUCUUCUUAGGUGGUGGGUCUUGACAAACCUGAAUCGUCAAAACCUCGCUUGCUCGAAAUCAUCAAGAAAAAAGCUUAAUGGAAUGGAAGAAUGGAAAUUUACAUUCUUGGUUUUCAAAUAGGUUAUUUUGUGUUAUAGUCUUAGAUUUAGCUGAAAUUUUUGUAUCAUUCAAAUUUUGCUUACAAUAUGUUUCAUAUUUUUUCUAAAUUUAAUUCUGAUUUUAUUGUGGGCUUGUUCCUUCUGUAAAUCAGGUUACAUUAGUGCCCAUGACAAUAUAAUUGUUUCAUUUAGUC